AUGAGUUUGUUGCAGGAGUGUGGGAAAAGGACGGGACAGACAGCUAAGGCGGCAGGACAGAUGGAAGGGGGUCCAUGGGUGAGCUCGCUGCACGCCCCUGCUGUGCGUGUAUGUGUAUGCGGGUCGGGGGUCCUGGGGACCGAGGACGCCCUGUUGGCCGCCGUUGCUAGCCUUGCCUCUGCGGGAUGUCGGACUGGGCUUCUGCUGUCCUUCCCGGGGUCUGUCUGCGCUGGCCCUUACUCCACCUCUUGCGGCAUCUCUGGUCUUCUGCUUGUUCGCGUCUCUGACUGUACGUCUCCGCGCCCCCGCCCCGCAGACGUGUCCCGGGCGGUGGAGCUCCUCGAGCGGCUCCAGCGCAGCGGGGAGCUGCCCCCGCCGAAGCCUCAGGGCCGCGAGCGGGGCCAGAGCCGCUUCUGCUCCGCCAUCCGCGAGGUGUACGAGCAGCUCUACGACACCCUGGACAUCACCGGCAGCGCCGAGGUCCGCGCCCACGCUACGGCCAAGGCCACCGUGGCUGCGUUCACAGCCAGUGAGGGCCACGCACACCCCAGGGUGGUGGAGCUGCCCAAGACAGACGAGGGUCUGGGCUUCAACAUCAUGGGCGGCAAGGAGCAGAACUCGCCUAUCUACAUCUCCCGCGUCAUCCCAGGAGGCGUGGCUGACCGCCACGGAGGCCUCAAGCGUGGGGACCAACUGCUGUCGGUGAAUGGUGUGAGCGUGGAGGGCGAGCAGCACGAGAAGGCGGUGGAGCUGCUGAAGGCUGCCCAGGGCUCCGUGAAGCUGGUGGUGCGCUACACCCCGCGGGUGCUGGAGGAGAUGGAGGCCCGGUUUGAGAAGAUGCGCUCGGCCCGGCGGCGCCAGCAGCACCAGAGCUACUCGUGAGCCCCCUGCCGCCUGGCCCCGGACCUCCACUGCCCACCCUGAAGCCCAGACUCCCGAAC